AUGGGUACUAGAGGGCGUGAGAUUCGGAGGUUCCUAUGGGUGUGGAGACGCUGGUGGGUUGCGAUGGAAGAGGUGAAGAAGAGAUGCAGAAGAAGAAAGGAACAAAAUGCUGGCACUGGAUAUGCCUCCACUCUACCUACAGAAGGGCGUGGUGUCAUUUUUACAUUUAGGUGUAGAACCGCUUCGGCGUAUUCGUUGUUCUGGAUGCGUUUUCAACUUAAUAUGCAGCUACCAUGA